AGAAGGGGGAUGAAUAGUGAAGAAGUACCUGGGAAGAAAAUACUACAACACUCAUGUAGUACGCAUAUGUAAUGAACAUCGGGCUCCCCAGACAAUGCCUUGAAGCUCUGCUCAGCCCCCCCUCCCCAGCACGGUGCUCUAAAAAGAUAGUGAAAGAAAACUCUUUUGCAACUUUAUUUUGUGAUUGGACAUCCAGUGGGUGAUCAGCAGGGAUCUUGAUUUUCUCUGAUUUAAAAAAAAAAAAUCCCCAAUUUUUGGUUUAAAAAAAGUAACCCCAAAUCUACAUUUGUCCAUAAUUAAAAUAAAACGCCCCCUCUCUUUUUCCCUCAAUAUAGAGAGAUGUGUAGAUAUGUGUAAUUAGUAGCAUUUCAUUUUAAUUGUAGAAACGUGGAUUUUAGGUUACCUUUUUUAAUCCGAAGAUUGGGGAUUGUUUUUUAUCAAAGAAAACCAGGAUCCGUGGUGAUCAGCAUCAUGCAUUACAUCACAAGCACGUGAUAUAAAAGGACAUAAGUUGAUGCAUCCUGGAAAAGUCAUGGAACCUGAAGUUCAAGCUUUAUGCUCAUCUAUAACAGCAAGGCUGGGCGUCUGCUGAUAAGAAAACUAAUCGCAGAAAAACUGUGGAUACCUUGGAAUGAAAUAGUCUUGCAAAGGACAUCGAAAGGGAAACCUUUCCUGGCAAAUAGCAUAUCCAGUAUCCAUUCCAAUUUCAACUUUAAUGUGUCUCAUCAAGGGGAUUAUGCCGUCCUUGCAGCUGAGCCUGAACUCCAGGUUGGCAUUGAUAUCAUGAAGACUAGUUUGCCAGGUAGUGGUUCAGUUCCAGAUUUCUUUCGCAUUAUGAAGCGCCAGUUUACAGAUGCUGAGUGGGGUGUAAUUGAGUCCAUGAACAAUGAAUGGAUGCAGCUGGAUAUGUUUUAUAGGCACUGGGCACUGAAAGAAAGCUUUAUAAAGGCUAUAGGCAUUGGUCUAGGCUUUAAUCUGCAAAGGAUUGAGUUUAAUGCAUCCCCAUUGAAGCUGGAAGUAGGAAAGGUGUACAAGGAGACAAAAAUGUUAUUGGAUGGGGAUGAAGAAGAGGAGUGGACUUUUGAGGAAACCCGGUUAGAUGAUCACCACCAUGUUGCAGUUGCUCUUGGGAAACCAAAAGGAAUUGGACAAAAGCAUUCUGAAGUUCUUUCUACAGAACUGACACAGCCACAGUUCACUGUGUUGACUUUUGAAGAUUUAGUUGCCUCUGGUAUUCCUGUAUCACCUGAAGACCCUGCACAGUGGGAUAUCUUUUGUUCAAAGCAGGAGUGCCCAGCACGACAGAGUUCUCAUUCAAGAUAAGACUGCAUUUACAAGGGGAAAAAAACCUGAACAUUUUCAAAGACUUCACACUUACAGUCCACAAUUUUGAAUGGGUGUUUGUAUACAGAUAAAAAGUACAUUACUCUAUGCAGACAAAUAUGAGGUUUGCCAGCUUCACAAAGCUGAUGUCUUUGCCCCUUUGUCCCAGAUGAUGGGUUCAUUUCAGACUGAAGAAACUCUGAAAUUAGAAGUCUAGGUUGAUCCCACAUCUUUUCUUCCUUAUGUAAUUUGCUUUUCCUGGUAUGCAGUUCUCACAUCUCCCUCAUUGCCCCCUGCCAGGAGCAUUGAGCAGAGCUAUGUUAAUGUGGCUCUUAACGAGCCAACAAGUGUUUAAUAUUUAAAGAAAAUGUGGUUUUGUACUUAAUUUAUGCUGCUGGUGUUUAAGCAAUAUUAUUUCCUCUCCUUUAUGAAAUUAUAAUUUUAUUCCUAAGUGGAUGUGAAAAGCCAAAGUUAAGCAGUUGGGUACUGAUGAUGGUGCUGUUAUACAGUGCAUAUUCUGUAGAAUAUGAUUAAACUUAAUCUGGUACAAGAGGAGACUGAUGGGUAAAUCAGAAGCAACUCUUGAUGUGAGGGAAGCAACACCUGCAUAAAAGCCAGUUUGAGAGAGACAGUUCUAGUCAUGUUGUCACUCCUGGACUUCCAAAGGUAAGUGCUAGGAUUGUUCAAAGCUUCAGUUGCUGAUUUGAUUUGGAGGAGAUUUGGCCCGAUUUGGUGGCCAAAUCCGAAUCAAAUCAGGAGACCAAUUAAAAGGUCCAAAUGGAUUUGAA